UAGUGUAGAUUAAUUUUCAAUUUCAUUCAAUAAUGGAAGGAAGCUAUUGUGGUCUCCUCAUUCUUCUUCUUCCCAAGUACAAGUAUGGCUGUAGAGCUAUGGCAAACACUGGAAGAUUCUGUCACAGCUCUCUCUCCGGCAAUUUCUUUUACACUAUGUUGUCUCGGAGUUUUUUGGUUCACCAGAUCGUGCUCACCACCAGAGAUUUCGAGGAACAGAUGCAACCUCCAUUUCAGCUUGGAGAGAUUUCUGAAGAGGAAUUGGAGCAGUAUGAUUCAAAGAAGAUGGCAAUCAAUGGUCAGAUCUAUCAUAUUUCUCAGAGCAGGUAGGAUAGCAAAAAAGGAAAAAAUGUUAAAGAUUGUUGACCAGAAUCAAUUUACAGGUGGAUGACAUUUCCAUUUCCAUUUGACCAAGAUUUCGUAUACGACUCUCACUCCUCAUCAAAGCACACUAACAUCCCACAAUUUUCACCCAAUAAUUUUUGCGCACACUGAAGUGAAUAAACAAUCUAAAGGAGUUUAGGAGAUUGAAGCUUUAUGAUGGAAUUUAAAAAAGAAAGAAAGAUUGAGGCUGUUGUUAUGGAAAAAGGAGAUUCUCCGGUAAGGAGAUGGGAGGACCUUGAUAUUAAUAUCUUGGUGACGAUACUCCUGUCCUUUGACCUUUUCCAGUUGAUAUAUGCAAUUCCUCAAGUUUGUCGUGCAUGGCGAUUGGCUUGUUGUGAUCCACUUCUCUGGAAAACGCUGGACUUGUCCGUGUUGCAAUCAAAUUUCAUCAGACUCCCAUUGAAGCCAUACGUAUAUGUCGACAGUCCGUCUGAAAAAAAAUUGACCGGACUCCUAAAUAUUUGCUUGAACCUCAGUCAUGGAAACAUACAAACAUUGAUCUUCCAUACCAAUUUGUAUGUUAACGACAAUCAGUUGACUUUUGCUGCCGAGAGGUGUCCACGGCUUAAACGCCUAGUUAUGCCUUCUUGGAACAAAAUUAAAAAGCGAACAAUGUGCAGGGCUAUUCAUAUAUGGAAAGAUCUUGAAUCACUAACGAUGCCAAGUAUAAAUAAUCCUGCACGUGUCAUCGAGGAAAUUGGCAGGAGUUGCCAAAAUUUUUCCGCGCUCAAAAUUAUGGGGCCCUGUGAUAUGCUGUUUGCAUCUGCACUGGCUUCAUUUCUUCCAAACUUGGAAGUAUUGAGUGUGAGGUGCACGGUGUUAUCUAAACCUGCUCUGGCUAUUAUCUUGGAGGAGUUGAAAAAGUUGAAAGUGCUCAACAUAUCUCAUUGCAUAAUUACUGAAGACCCUGAAGAUCCUCCACUUGAACCGAUGAAUAUUCUGACCGAGCUGGAUGAAUCAAUUCUUGAAAAAGCGUCUAGGUUAGACAAAUUCCUAACCUGCAUGAGUGACUCAUGCAUCAUGUGUCAGCGUGCUCUGAAUGAUCAAGGGUUUAUGAGGUGGUAUAAGUAUGAAGAAGACCUCUGGAAAGUGGAUGAGGUGAAAUCUCUUGCAGUUUGACAACUUUUAAGAAGAUAUUGCUUCAUGAGCUGAAGGUCUGGAGUAAAUGUGGAAGCUUGUGUAGGUUUCAUGUUCUCUGUGUUUCUAUGAACUUGUGCUUUUCGUUUCUGUGUUUUCGUAGUACACAGUGAAUUAUUUACCCAGUUUUAUAUGUAUUGCCAAGCAUAGUAAGCUUAUACUUUGUUUUGCUAAGCUUUUGGGAUGCUAAACGUGUUUAUUUUCUCAUUAAAAAGGUGAGAUAUUUGGUUAAA